AUGGUCUCUUCGGAUCUGACGAGAGACUUCCUAUCGUCAGGGUACCAAGAUAUGGACGACCAUCCACCUGCUCCGCCCUCAAUCAAACAGUCACUAUAUCGUCUCUUCGGUGGAAAAAGAGACCCACACUUUAUAACCACAAGGCGUCGCUCUUCCGACCACGAUCGUUGGAAUGUCCCAGCGAAAUCUUGGGCAAAGAAGCGAAAAUUACUUCCGAGCCUAGUCACCGGCGAGAAACUCAUUCUCAGCCAUCCGAGCAAAGGCAUGAUCGCCCGCCGACGCGAGUGGGACCGCCGAACAGAUCGAGGACGAGAUGUGGACUACAGCUGGGCCGGUAGCGUCAAGAAUCAAUGGCGCAUGGUGAAGUGGGCCAAAAUGAACGAAGAAUGGAUACGCGAGCGAGGCUUCGAACCUGUUUUACCAGAAGAUUUCCAACCUAUCCAUUGGAAUAAACCUGCGACACGGAUGUCUCAGUCUGUGAGCCCUCGGACGUUGCCUCCGGAGGAUUCGGACAUUGACCCGCCAGAUGAGAAUCUCUUCGACGACGACUUCGAGUGGCCAUCGGCUGUGCAGCAUGGCAGUGAGCGCUCUGACAGCUUUUCAUCCGCCCUCAGCUCGUUAGACCAUCUACUACCUGAGUUUGAAGGUGCCAAAAAGUCUUUCAGUGACGUUACCGGCCUAGAUGCACAUCCCACGAGCAGAUGGAGUUUGUCUUCCACCUCGAGCCAGGGUGCUCAUUCCCAUCGACUACGAGGCUCCGAUGCCUCACAGGAGAGCUAUGAAAGCUUUAUGGAUUGGUACCACUCCGAAGUAGAUCGUCUGGGAGAAGAGCAAGCCAAUGAGCCCGGCAGCAUGUCGUCGUUCUCCCAAAUCAGCAAUGAUGAGUACGAGGAUGCGGUCAUCGAAGAGGCAACAAUAGCUGUCCGUUUCCGUGGUCCUCGUAUUCCAGUACCGGUGCGGGAGAAAUCUCUGCUCCAUUUGAUGGUAUUCGAGACAGGACUUGCAAGUCAAUCUCGUCGCAUUGACGCAAAUGAAUCUUCGAAAAAGUCGGAGCCAACCCGUUCAAAUGUGGACCAGAUUAGUGUGCAUGGAUCGUUUGUUGCCCAUACAUCGCAAGCCCCUGAAAGCCUUACAGACAUGGCUAGAAGCCCAAAGCAAAAGAAGAAGGCUAGAGAUGGAUUUUGGCGUCGCUUGACACAGCGAAUUCCUUGCUUCUAG